CUUCCCCAUGAACUUCGCAUUACUGCCAGCACACUCUCUCACAGCAGUUUCAUUAACUCAGAGUUUGGCUGACACACUUUAACUCGACCUGAAACCUCAGACUUGACGUUAAAAUGCCUUUGUGAAGCCUUUUGCGUCUGGAGUAUCUGAUCGGUGGUGGGAUGAGAAACAAAAGCGACUGUCUCUGGUGUCAUAAUGUCACGGUGAUUUUACGUUCUUACAGCGCUACAUUUAUAUACUGACGAUACACAUCAAAGCUUCGAAAUGGCGAGAAGCGGCGGCGGCGAGAAACAAGGCAAACUCGAUUUCGACGAAAGUCGGAUCGACUCCGGAAUCGACUCGUACAAAUCGAUUUCCAGAGAACAGGACGGGAGCUCAGACAGCUGUGAGGAUAAAGACAAAACCUGCGUUACAGACGAGCGACUGGACUCCGCUUACGUCUCUUCAUCGCUAACAGUGGACAGUUUGGGGGAUUUUAUUGAGCAAUGCAGCAUUUCUGAAUGUGAAAGCGCGACGGACUGUGAGUACACCGAAGAGGAAGUGAAUUUCCUAACCACUGUUACAGAGGAUGGAGACACGAUUCUUCAUUUGGCCAUAAUCCACGAAGAGGAAUGUUUUGCACGUCAAUUGAUAGACCUGUUUCCUCCAGAGCUGAUGGAUAUUCAGAACAACUUGUAUCAGACGCCGUUGCAUCUGGCCACGUACCUGAACCAGCCCACCGUAGUGAAGGGCCUUGUAGAAAAGAGGGUCUCACUGGAGCUCCAGGACCAGGAAGGAAACACCCCUCUCCAUGUGGCGUGUGAGUACGGAUUCUGGGAAUGUGCCAAUGAGAUGAUCCACAACGCCUCGCCCAGCAAACUCGCCACCGUGCUGGAAGCACAGAACUGGAGAGGGCUCACGUGUCUCCAUGUGGCCACGCUGCACAAGCAUCAGCGUCUCAUGCGGCUGCUGAUGAAGAACGGGGUGGAUCUGAACAUCCAGGAGGGGACGAGCGGGAAGACGGCGGUACAUAUGGCGGUGGAGCUCCACGACGCGCCGGCGGUGAACCUGCUGCUGAAUAAAGGGGCGAAUGUAGACGCUGCCAUGUUCAACGGCUGCACCGCGCUGCAUCUAGCCGUGGGCCGACAGGACGCCGCCAUCGCUAACCUCCUGUGCCAAGCUGGAGCCGACAAGAUGAUCAGAAACAUGGAGGAUGAAACAGCCCUGGAUCUGGCUGACGGCAACGAUGACAUUUUGGCCUUGUUCCCCUUCGAUGACAUUCAGAUCAUGGGCAGGACUGUCAUGAGCUUCUCCUGAACAUGUCAGCGGCACGCUCUUUGUUCUUUUUUAAAUACUGAUCUGAAUUUGCAGGACUUUGGUCAUAGUGAUGCACAGCUUUUGGAAACGUCUGCCUGUAACCUCAACUAUUUAUGUCCAGCGGUGCUGGCUGAUUUGUGCAGCAGUAACAGCUUCAAGCCAUUCGUGCAGAAUUAUGUGCUGCUGCGUGGUCGGGACAUGCGGACGUAACUUCUAUUGUUUCUAGUCUGUUGAACAACCUUCGUGUAAAACAACACAAAUGCAUUCUGAUCUAUGAUUAGCAAUAUUGAUGUUUUGUAGCAAUACUGUGCUGUUGUAAACAAGACGAGCAAAUAAAACACUGCUUUGCAAACUUGUUU